AUGUCUCCUCCACCAAUUUCAAUACCCCACUUCGCACAAGCGCAAUUGCAGCUACUUCUUCAAGAGCAUGAAGCUGAAAUCUCCUCCUCCUCGCUAGCCAGCACCGCCGCCUCAGUCUCACCUUCGACGCGUCGAACUCUACAAGCAACGGGCUAUGCGCUGACGGGAAUUGUAUUAUCGCAAUGCCGAACCGGACUGGGCGGGCGCGUUGUCGGCGAGUUCACUGCCGAUGCAGCUGUAUACUCGAGCAAGUCUAAGGCAAACAAUAUCGACGAUGACAAAGCUGGAUCCGACGGAGAACCGAGGCUCGGUGCGCACGGAAUCCGGGUCGGGGAUAUUGUCCGCGUGAACGACACAAGCGGCUCGGGAAGCCAAAAGCUUGCGAAAGAUAAAGGCAAAGCAGGUGGAAAAGGUGCAGCUGAAGCGUCCAAGGGUCCGGAGGGGGUUGUUACAAGAGUUGGAGAGAAAAGUAUAUGGAUUGCGUUUGGACAAAGAGGUGGUGGUGGCCGAUCCAAAGAGGACGAUGAAGCCAUUGAGGAGCUCUGGGGAAAGAAACUAUGGCUCAUAAAACUCGCAAACGACGUGACGUACCGACGGAUGAACCAAACCAUGGAGAAAAUGGCUAAAAUGACGGACUCGGAUUACUCGCACUUUAUGCGAGUCGCCUUUGGUCAUACAACUCCAAUGCCACCAGACCAUGACGCCAUUGGCCCCAUUGAGUUCAUCGAUCCAACCCUAAACGAUUCACAGAAAGAAGCUAUCCGGUUUGCUUUGGCGUCCAGGGAUGUGGCGCUCAUCCACGGGCCUCCCGGGACGGGCAAAACUCACACCUUGAUUGAGCUGAUUCUUCAAAUGGUCAAACGAAAGCUCCGCGUACUGGUUUGCGGACCAUCGAAUAUUUCCGUCGACAACAUAGUGGAAAGACUAGCUCCCAACAGAGUGCCAGUUGUACGCAUAGGCCAUCCUGCUCGUUUGCUGCCGUCAGUUCUUGAGCAUUCCCUAGAAGUACUCACUCAUACGUCAGAAGCCGCGGCGAUCGUCAAAGACGUGAGGAAGGAGAUUGAUGAGAAACAAGCUAGUAUCCGCAAAACCAGGACUGGUCGGGAGAGACGGGCAAUCUAUGAUGACCUCAAAGAGCUGCGUCGGGAGUUUCGCGAGCGGGAGUCAAAAUGCGUGGACAACCUGGUUCGCGAAAGCAAUGUCGUCCUUGCCACACUCCACGGGGCUGGCGGCCACCAGCUGAAGAACCAAAAGUUUGACGUAGUCGUUAUCGAUGAAGCCAGUCAAGCUCUGGAGGCCCAGUGCUGGAUCCCCUUAUUGUCCGCGCCUAAAGUGGUCCUUGCGGGAGAUCACCUGCAGCUUCCCCCUACCGUCAAGUCUUCCGUUGAAAGAUCGAAGAACGCAAAGAAGAAGGGGAAAACAGACACGAAAGGCGCUUCAGCCAGCUCUACAGAAAUCAUUGGCGAUGUUUCUUUGGAGACAACCUUGUUUGACCGACUUCUUUCAUUGCAUGGACCAAGUAUCAAGAGGAUGCUAACCACGCAGUAUCGGAUGCAUGAGAAGAUUAUGCAGUUCCCAUCCAACGAACUAUACGAAUCUAAACUUAUUGCCGCGGAGUCGGUGAAGUCACGCCUUCUUAAGGAUUUGCCCUAUGAUGUUGAGGAGACUGAUGACACGAGAGAGCCAGUCGUAUUUUGGGACACGCAAGGCGGUGACUUUCCAGAGAAGACUGAAGAUGACGAGAUAGGAAAAAAGGAAGCGUUGCUUGGCGAAAGCAAAAGCAACGAAAUGGAAGCUUUGGUCGUUGCGAAGCAUGUGGACAACCUCAUACAGGCCGGCAUGAAACCCGAAGAUAUUGCCUGCAUUACCCCGUACAACGGUCAGCUUGCCCUGCUUUCUUCCAUGCUCCGAGAAAAAUAUCCUGGUCUCGAGCUCGGAAGUGUGGACGGCUUUCAAGGCCGCGAGAAGGAGGCCGUGGUGGUCAGUCUUGUUCGUAGUAAUUCCAAGCACGAAGUGGGAUUUCUGGCGGAAAAGCGGCGUUUGAACGGUAUGUUGUAG